UCCGUUUUCCUCCCCCCAACUUUCCCGACGGUUUCUCGAAUCUGAAAAUUUUCCCGAGAAAAAUGGCGCUCGCUCACUCCCUCGCUCCUCCACUCGCCGAAACCCCAAAGCUCCGUCCAUCUCUCCCGCUCUUCCCACCUCGCGCCACAUCGCUCAAAUCCCGCUUCGCUCACGCCGCCAUUCCCAAAUCGUCCUUCUUCUCCCUCUCCCUCUCCGGCCGAAACCCUAAGCCGUUCCUGAGGCCCCGCCGGAACCCCCAAGUCCGAUGCCUCUUCACUGGAAUCGUCGAGGAAAUGGGCCGCGUCGAGCAGCUGGGCCAGGCCGACGGCGGUUUCGUCAUGAGGAUCGGCGCGAAGGCCGUCCUUGAGGGCGUCAGCCUCGGCGACAGCAUCGCCGUCAACGGGGCGUGCCUCACCGUCACCGAGUUCGACGCCGCCGGGUUCGCGGUCGGGCUGUCCCCGGAGACGCUGCGGAGGACGUCCCUGGUCGAGCUCGGGGCGGGGUCGAUGGUGAACCUGGAGCGGGCGGUGCAGCCGACGAGCCGAAUGGGCGGGCACUUCGUGCAGGGCCACGUGGACGGGACCGGGGAGAUCGUGUCGAUGGAGCCGGAGGCCGACUCGCUGUGGGUGAAGGUGAGGGCGGGGAAGGAGCUGCUGCGGUACGUGGUGCCCAAGGGGUUCAUCGCCGUCGACGGGGCGAGCCUGACGGUGGUGGACGUGUUCGAUGGGGAGGGUUGCUUCAAUUUCAUGCUGGUGGCGUAUACGCAGCAGAAGGUGGUCAUCCCCAUGAAGAGAGUUGGGCAGAAGGUGAAUUUGGAGGUGGACAUACUGGGGAAGUACGUGGAGAGGCUUCUCAGCAGCGGGUUCGUCGAUUCGAUGAAGGCUUCUCGAUCGUGAAGGGAUGACUAUGGUCGGCUGCUACUGAAAAGUUUGUUUCUCUGUUGUUAGUGUUGCUGUAGAACUGGGCUUGGAGUUUUAUCUGCUGUGAAAUAAACGAUUUCAAGGCUUGACAUGGAUUUUUCAGGCAGCUGCCUCAAUCCUUACUGUUUCAAAUGCUUGUGCCUCGUCUCCACAAGAUUCCAAUCAAGUUAACCUCUGCUGAAUUUAGUCUGUGGUUAGCGUUCAUCUAAUGGGUAAGCAAGAAUUGGCCCGGUGGUGACAUUUUUGUAUGAGAUGCACCUUUUAAGAGAGUCAAAAUUGUUCCAAUGACAUUGAUAGAAAUAAGAAUAAAUUAACAGGGGCCCUGCAGUACCCACUUAAUGCUUCUGUUCAA